UAACUCCGAUAGGCUGCGUUGUGGCAACACGAGAUUCCGGUAUUGGAAUAGCGAAUUUCCUUGAAAGAUACACCCAUUGAACCGCCGCCAGCUAUGCAUCCCGAUCUCACGGAGCGUAUUCUCCAGCACUUGGAGACCGCCGAUAAGGUGGACACACUGGACCUGGCCACGCUCUUUGCCGAGGAUCACCAGAAGAUUGUUGGCUCGUUGAAGAGCAUCCAGGCGCAUGGCGAACUGGUCACCGCAGAAACGGUCACCCACAAGAGUUUGGGCCUCACAGACGAGGGUCGCGCCGUCGUGGAGCACGGCAGUCAUGAGGCCCUGGUCUACGCUCUAGUUCCGCCAGAGGGAAUCGCCCAGGCGGCUCUAAUGACAGCCGGUGGAGCAAAUGCCAAGGUGGGCUUUAGCAAGGCCAUGUCCCACGGCUGGAUAUUGGUGGACAAGAGCGUCACUCCGCCGCUGGUGCGCCGCAAGGUGGACACCAUUACGGAUGUGGUGCGUAACCAACUGCAGCAGGUGGCACUGGGAAAGGGCGACCAGCUGCCCGCCAAGGAGGUGGCCGACUUCAAGAAACGGAAACUUCUCCAGGAAACGACCACCAAGAGCUUCGUGCUGGCACGCGGCCCUGAGUUUGCCACCACUCUCACCAAGCUGGAGACGGAUCUCACGGUGGAAAUGCUCGCCAACGGAUUGUGGGACCAGCUCAAGUUCAAGGCCUAUAACUUUGAUGCCUUGGGUGCGCCGCCAACGCGUGGACAUCUCCAUCCCUUGCUUAAGGUGCGCACUGAAUUCCGGCAGAUAUUCCUCGAGAUGGGCUUCUCAGAGAUGCCAACGAACAACUACGUGGAGUCGUCGUUCUGGAACUUCGAUGCACUCUAUCAGCCGCAGCAGCAUCCGGCUCGCGAUGCCCACGACACCUUCUUCGUGAAUCAUCCGGCCAGAAGCCACAAGUUUCCGCAGGAUUAUCUGGAGCGCGUGAAGAAGGUGCACUCGGUGGGUGGCUAUGGAUCGAAGGGUUACGGCUACGACUGGAAGCUGGAGGAGGCGCAGAAGAAUCUACUGCGCACCCACACGACGGCCGUAAGUGCCAGGAUGCUGUACAAGCUGGCCAACCAGGAGGGCGGCUUCAAAGCAGCCAAGUACUUCAGCAUCGACAAAGUGUUCCGCAACGAAACACUGGACGCCACACAUCUGGCGGAGUUCCAUCAGGUGGAGGGUGUGAUCGCAGAUGUUGGCCUGACGCUGGGCGAUCUAAUUGGCACGCUGUACGAGUUCUUCAGAAAGCUAGGCAUCACGCAGCUGGAAUUCAAGCCGGCUUACAAUCCCUACACCGAGCCCAGCAUGGAGAUCUUCUGCUAUCACCCCGGCCUGGCCAAGUGGAUCGAGGUGGGCAACUCGGGCGUCUUCCGGCCGGAGAUGCUGCUGCCCAUGGGACUGCCGGAGAACGUGAAUGUGAUCGCCUGGGGUCUGUCGCUGGAGCGACCCACCAUGAUCAAGUACGGCAUUAACAACAUUCGUGAUUUGGUCGGACCCAAAGUGGAUCUAAAGAUGGUGGAGGAGGGUCCAAUUUGCCGGCUGGAUCAUGUUUAAUGCCUUAACAAAAAAAAACAGUAGGACCUGCGAUCAAAUUGCAUUUUUUUCACACACGAAUGUUCCAAAACAUAUUUAUAAAUAAAAUUUCCGCCACAGAA